CGAGACGAAUGUCGCCUUCUGUUUCCUGAACGCGAUUCAAAAUGGCGGGUGCUCAGUUCGAGUACGAUGAGAGCGGAGGAACUUUUCUUUAUUUCCUAACGUCCGUAUGGAUACUGUUUCUGUUGCCUGUGACGUAUUAUUUGUGGCCCAAGGGACAAGUAGAAGAAGAAAAACGUCUACAGAAGCUGGAAAAGGUCCACAGCCACAGUCUGUGGUACCAACUCAAACUGAACAAGACACGGUCAAAGGCCAAGUCAACUGCUAAGAAAGUCAUCUUGGCGAUAGGAUGGAUCAUCUUCCUUAUCCUGGCGUACAAGUCUUCUCAAGUAGAGCGGGACCAUGUGGAAUAUGACCCGUACGAGAUCCUGCAGAUAGACAGAGGAGCGAGUCAAGCAGAUGUGCGUCGUCAGUAUCGCCUGCUGAGUCUGAAACACCAUCCUGAUAAAGGUGGUGAUGAGGACACCUUCCGCAAGAUUGCCAAGGCAUAUCAGGCUUUGACUGAUGAAGAGACAAGGAAGAACUGGGAGGAAUAUGGGAACCCAGAUGGACCACAAGCGACCACGUUUGGCAUUGCCCUGCCGUCCUGGAUUGUGGACAGUAAGAACUCCAUGUGGGUUCUGGCAGCGUAUGGAGUAGCCUUCAUGGUCAUCAUGCCUGUUGCUGUGGGCACCUGGUGGUACCGCUCCAUCAAAUAUAGUGCUGACCAAGUUUUACUGGACACCACUCAACUCUACUAUUACUUCUUCAACAAAACUCCCAAUAUGAAUGUAAAAAGAGCAGUGAUGAUCCUGGCAGCAUCUUUUGAAUUUGAAAAAGGUCAUAACCAUGAGGUUAUGGAGAGACCCAGCGACAACGUAGAACUUCCUCAGCUGAUGCGAGAACUGAGUCAGCUGAAUGAGAAGAGUAAGGAGCGCCCCCUGUGCUAUCCCUACAGCAUCAAGGCGCGCUGUCUGGUGCACGCUCACUUCAGCAGGAUUGACCUGCCUCCCAAGACUCUGGAGCUCGACCGUCAGCUGAUCCUGCGGAAGUGCCCCACCCUGGUACAGGAGAUGGUUCAGGUGGUGGCCCAGCUGGUGGCACUGGCUCAUGCCGGCAGAGUGUCUAACCUGCCCCGUCUGGAGACCAUAGAGAACUGUAUGAAGCUGUCCCAGAUGACAGUGCAGGGUCUGUGGGAUAACAAGUCUCCUCUACUGCAGCUGCCUCACAUCAGGGAGGACAACCUCAGACACUUCGUCUCCAAGAGAAGAAACAUCCGCAGCAUUCGGCAGCUGGCUACCAUGGAUGAGAAAGACAGGAGGGCAUUACUGAGGAACAUGACAGAUGAAGAGUACGAGGAUGUUAUGGAGGUCAUUAAGAAUUUCCCCAUCGUGGAAAUGGAUGUGCAGUCUCUAGUCCUGGAUGAUGAAGACACCUACACCAUAACUGCUGGAGCCAUCGUCACUGUCAAUUGUAAACUCAAACGGCAGAGUAUGGAAUCUGUAGUUAGCCAGGGUGUGGAGGAGCCACCAGCUGCUGAAGUUGAUGAAGAACCUGAGGAGGAGGAACAGCCUGAGAAAGUGGUGAACAAACCCAAACCCUGGCAGAAGAACCGGAAGGGGAAGCAGAAGGCAGGAAAAGCCAAGAAGAAGCCGAACAAGACCCAGCAUCAGCAGAACAAGAAGCAGCAGCAAAAUGGAGCCCUUCCACUGGACAAGCUGAAGGAAGGGGAAAACAAUAGGAUACAGGAAGUGAAGGCUGGGAAAGACGAGGACUCCUCUAACUCAGACUGGGAGGAUGAGCCUGACCGGGAAGACGAGGAUGGGAGUGGCAGUGACAACGACGGUCAGAGACAGUCAGAAGAUGAUGAUGAUAACUGGGAUGCCCUACAGGCCAGGAUUAACAGGAAAGAGAAGGUGCUGGAGACCAAGUCCAAGAUUAGCCACACCGUCCACGCUCCCUACUUCCCUGAGGAGAAGCAGGAGUGGUGGUGGCUGUAUGUGGCAGACAGGAAAAAACACUCCCUCAUCACAGCCCCCUGUAUGGUGACCAGUCUACAGGAGGAGGAGGAGGUUGAGUUGAAGUUUGCAGCCCCAGACAAGCCGGGUACCUACCAGUACACAGUCUGCAUCAGAUCUGACUCUUACCUGGACUUCGAUGUCAUGAAGAGCAUAAAGUUGGACGUCAAAGAAGCCAAGGAGGCAGUGGAUGCUGAAGCUGCAUGGAACCUAUCGGAGGAUGAGGAUGAGAAUAAUGAUGAAGAGGAGGACAUAUCAGACUAUGAAACUGAUGAUGAAGAGGAAGACUGAUUCCCCCAUUCCAGAUUGACUUGAGAAUACAACAGAUGUUGUUACAGUACUAGUGUAGACAAUGCCACAUCCCAACUGUAUGAAUUCAUGUAGUAAUACUUAAUCCAACACAGAAGAUAGCAACUUGUGCAAAGUGUGAUUUCUGGGACCCUGAAGCCUUCCAUUUAUUGUCAUUAGUACAGUGUUAUUUCUUUAUGUUACCUGUACUAUGAAACUGCUUUUUUAUCUCCUGUGUGUGGGCAGUUAGAGGGUGGGGGGAUGGUGUAACCACAGACUGGAGUGACAGGAAAUACAGUCCAGAGGUGGGACUGACAGGAAAUAGAGUUCAAUGAUGGUAGAAUUUUAACUGCAGAUGAAAGUGACAAAAAGUACAGUUCAGAGGAUGUAGAAUUAGUCAAUUUAUCAACUUUGGCUGCUGACAGACAUUCCAGGUCAGGGGUCAUGGAAGAGGCUACUAAUUCAGGGGGAGGUGUUGUUUUUGGUUUGUUUGCGCAGUUAUACAUUUUCUUUAUGCUAGUCAUGUUUACCAUACAGUUAUUGGACAGCUAUCAGUGGACAUGUGUAAUGUGAGGUAAAACAUUUUGUGUAACUAAUGAAAUACAAUCAAACAAGCCUUACUACGAGAAACUUUUAAUAUUUCACAGACACAUCUUUUAAGUCUUUUGUGUUGAAUUUCUCAUCAUGUAAAGCUACAUGUAUAGGGGUUUUGGAAGCUCAGUCAUCUCUACAACAUACUAGGAUUUAGUCUGUGUAAAACUUACUCUGACUGUCUGGGGCUCUAUGAGCAGAGGUUGUUGUAAUGAACACCUCUAAGCCAGGAGGGAGUUCAGGAUUCUCACUUAGGACACAGCAAGUAACUUUUAUGGAUGACAUCAGCACGCAUUAAUUUUCGCCUGAUUUUGGAGAGAAAACAAAAAUUUUGUUGCCUUCUGACAGUGG